AUGUUUUGCCGGAUCCGAGCCCAUGCGGAGAAACUCUUCCACUUCCUCCACGACUCCCAAGGCGGUUCCGUCAUCAUCACUGGUUCGCGUAUAGAGCUCUGUCAGAUUCUGGUCGAAGUAAUGAAGGAUUUUCAGAUGCCGGAGCCUACCGAAUCACCGGAGGAACACCGUCCCGGGUUCUUCUGCGUGUACGAGAUUUACUUCAAAGGGUGUGGCUUGACUUUUCCUCUCCCCGAAGCCCUCGUUCGUUACUUGUUGGCCCUUGAAAUCGCCUUACCCCAGCUAACUCCCAACCUCCUCCGGACUAUUCUGGGAAUUAUUACUAUUGCGGCUGAAGCCGGAUACGCCAUCGGGGUUCUAAAACUGAACGAACUUCUCAGUGUGAGGAGUUUUCGAACAAAGUCGGAUACUUCUCGGCUUAUCCGAACGCCAAUAGAAAUCUCAUCUCGCACCUUCCGAACAAAGAAGAGAAUUGGCAUCACCCGUGGAAAAACCCUUUGGAACUCCUUCACUCUCGACCGGUUCAUAGAAGCCAACCACAAGCUUAGGAUGAGCCCCCCUGGACAUCUCCUCCAGCUGCCACUGCCCCCUUCUUUAUCCAAAGGGACUUCUGCUCGGGCCAUCACAGCUCGACGCAAGACAAUGUCCAAGUCGAUUGUGGAGGCUUGCGAAGUGAACAAAUCAUUCUUCCAAUCCACAGUCGACAAAAAGGAAUAUAGCAGAACCUUGCUAGUCAACGAUGGCAGUGCCGAAUGGGCAAGAUCUGCCGGUGCUUACAGACCCACUCCUCACCGUAAAGGUCACAGCGGCCGGUCAUCCCACAAGGAGCGAUCACCUCGCUGUGACUCACCUUGGCCCACUUCCCAAACUGGACUCUGCAGCGAGCCAAUUGCUGACCUGAUUCGGAAGAAGAGAGACAGACCAACCCGCAGAAGCUCCUCCCCCAAAAGAGACAAGACGAGGGCCCGGACUGACCGCUCUCCUCGGCCGUCGCUGCCACCCCGAUCUAUGGGCCCUCCUCCUCCAGUCACCGUAUCUCCUUCGUCUGGAUCAGGAGGUGAAAAGGCAGAGCGGAGACAGAUCCGAGAUGCUGGAACUAAAGCUGUUUUGGUUCCUCAGACCAAGUCGCUCACGGCGAUGGAAACGGAGGGAAACGUCUUUCAAUGUUUCAAAACCGGAAAAGACACCAUCCUGCCAGCCUUCGAUAGGUGGCGUCCUGCAAUUUGUGAACGAUUCCUACUCCAUGCCCAUCACUCAUCUCGAGCGAACAGCGAACUCAACGACAUGAUUGAGCUGAAAUUGGAGGAUCAAUUGGCCAACCUGUCCACCGAACUCAUGAAGUCCAACGGCGAGCUGCAGGAACAGUACCAAAGUGCCUACGAAUUGUCCAACCAGAUGUCCGAAUUGCAGCUUAAGUACAAAGCGGUGGCCAACUAUCAGGACGCUAAGUUGGCGAGGUCGGCAUCAAAGGCCGGGAAAGGGGUGAAAGGUCGCGGGAUGGAGUUGAUCCAAGGGGCAAUCGUCUUCAUCCAAACCGAAAAGGCUAGAAUGGAGCUGGAAUCGGACAUCAAGGAGUACGAGGGCAAUCUCCUCCUUUUGGACCAAACUCAUGAAGAUGACUUUUCUGAAGAACGAGAGUGGGACGAGUUGAAAGCCGUUCUGGAAGAGAAGCGAAAUCGUUUACCUGCCCUUCCUUCCUCGUCGUUCAACCCUCAACAGUUCGAGGAGUUCUUCACUGAAUUGCCUCCUUUGAGCGAAUCUGGUUUAGACUGGGCUGGUGUUAGCGAUUCCGUUGAACCCGAAGUGCCUAUCGCGCCGACGCCAAUUCUGGAGGCGGUAAUCACUCCGCCUGAAAUUUCUCCAUCCACAAACUCGGAGACAGUGGUCAUCGAGGACGAUGAUGGCUCAGACUCCGUGGUUCCUAGCGAGCAGCCUGCUACUGGCGAGCCGGAUGAGACUGAAACAACUGCCGCAGAUCCCGAGUCAGUUCAAAUCGAACCCGAGAUGCCCGAGAACUCGUAG